GCAAGGGCCCGACAGCGCCGGGAUAACUCGGCGCAUGCGCUGUGUCGUGGGGGGGAGUGAGCGAGCUGAGCUGAGCAUGAAUGGAGCAAAAUGGCGGAUCAUGUGCAGAGCCUAGCCCAGCUAGAGAUCCUGUGCAAGCAGCUCUAUGAGACCACGGACACCACGACGCGCCUGCAGGCCGAGAAGGCGCUGGUCGAGUUCACCAACAGCCCCGACUGCCUGAGUAAAUGUCAGCUGCUGCUGGAGAGAGGAAGUUCAUCUUACUCCCAGUUGCUGGCUGCCACGUGUCUUUCCAAACUCGUUUCGCGCACCAGCAAUCCCCUUCCACUGGAACAACGCAUUGACAUUCGGAAUUAUGUCCUUAAUUACCUUGCGACCAGGCCGAAGUUGGCAACAUUCGUAACGCAGGCACUAAUCCAGCUGUACGCUCGAAUCACCAAGCUGGGCUGGUUCGACUGCCAGAAGGAGGAUUAUGUCUUCAGAAACGCUAUUGCCGACGUCACCAGGUUCCUGCAGGACAGUGUUGAGCACUGCAUCAUAGGGGUCACGAUCCUGUCACAGUUAACGAACGAAAUUAACCAAGCGGACACGACACACCCGUUGACAAAGCAUAGGAAAAUCGCGUCAUCGUUCAGAGAUUCCUCGCUCUUCGACAUCUUUACGUUGUCAUGCAACUUACUAAAGCAGGCUUCGGGCAAAAAUCUGAACCUGAACGACGAGAGCCAGCACGGCCUCCUGAUGCAGCUGCUCAAGCUGGCUCACAACUGCCUGAACUUCGACUUCAUCGGCACCUCCACGGACGAGUCCUCGGACGACCUCUGCACCGUGCAGAUCCCCACCAGCUGGAGGUCAGCUUUUUUGGAUUCUUCUACUCUGCAGCUGUUUUUCGAUUUGUAUCAUUCCAUUCCUCCAUCCCUGUCACCCCUGGUGUUAUCAUGCUUAGUACAAAUAGCUUCUGUUCGAAGGUCCCUGUUUAACAAUGCAGAGAGGGCAAAGUUCCUGUCUCACCUGGUAGAUGGAGUCAAAAGGAUUCUGGAAAACCCCCAGAGCUUGUCGGACUCAAACAAUUACCAUGAGUUUUGCCGACUGCUGGCCAGGCUGAAAAGCAACUACCAGCUCGGGGAGCUGGUGAAGGUGGAGAACUACCCCGAGGUCAUUCGGCUAAUAGCCAACUUCACAGUGACCAGUUUGCAGCACUGGGAGUUCGCCCCCAACAGCGUGCACUACCUGCUGAGCCUGUGGCAGCGGCUGGCCGCCUCUGUACCCUACGUGAAGGCCACGGAGCCCCACAUGCUGGAGACCUACACCCCCGAGGUCACCAAGGCCUACAUCACCUCGCGCCUGGAGUCUGUGCACAUCAUACUCCGAGAUGGCCUGGAGGAUCCUCUGGACGACACGGGGCUGGUGCAGCAGCAGCUGGACCAGCUGUCCACCAUCGGGCGCUGCGAGUACGAGAAGACCUGUGCCCUCCUGGUGCAGCUCUUCGACCAGUCGGCCCAGUCGUACCAGGAGCUGCUGCAGUCCAGCAACGCCAGCGCCAUGGACAUCGCCGUGCAGGAAGCAAAUGGUGACUUCUGCCCUCACCACACAAAUGUUUUUGUUUGCAGAGUCCUGCAGUUGAUGAACUUGACAGACUCUCGUCUUGCUCAAGCAGGAAAUGAAAAGCUGGAACUGGCCAUGCUCAGCUUCUUCGAGCAGUUCCGGAAGAUCUACAUUGGAGACCAGGUGCAGAAAUCCUCUAAGCUGUAUCGGCGUCUGUCGGAAGUUCUGGGGCUGAACGAUGAGACCAUGGUGCUCAGUGUGUUCAUUGGGAAAAUAAUCACCAAUCUGAAAUACUGGGGAAGAUGUGAGCCGAUCACCUCCAAGACGCUUCAGCUUCUCAACGACUUGUCCAUUGGCUACAGCAGCGUCAGGAAGCUGGUGAAACUCAGCGCGGUUCAGUUCAUGCUGAACAACCACACAAGUGAGCACUUUUCAUUCCUGGGCAUUAACAAUCAGUCAAACCUCACUGACAUGAGGUGUCGGACCACAUUCUACACCGCGCUGGGGCGCCUCCUCAUGGUCGACCUGGGUGAAGAUGAGGACCAGUUCGAGCAGUUCAUGUUGCCGCUGACUGCUGCGUUCGAGGCAGUGGCGCAGAUGUUCAGCACCAACACCUUCAACGAGCAGGAAGCCAAGAGAACGUUGGUUGGCCUGGUGAGGGAUUUAAGAGGCAUCGCCUUUGCUUUCAAUGCCAAGACCAGCUUCAUGAUGCUCUUCGACUGGAUUUACCCCUCCUACAUGCCGAUCCUGCAGCGAGCAAUCGAGCUGUGGUACCACGACCCUGCUUGCACUACCCCUGUACUCAAGCUGAUGGCAGAGCUUGUCCACAACAGGUCGCAAAGGUUACAGUUUGAUGUGUCGUCGCCUAAUGGAAUCCUGCUCUUCAGGGAAACCAGCAAGAUGAUAACUACAUAUGGCAAUCGUAUCCUAACACUAGGGGAGGUCCCGAAGGAUCAAGUCUAUGCACUAAAACUCAAAGGAAUCUCGAUCUGCUUCUCCAUGCUGAAAGCCGUGCUCAGUGGCAACUACGUGAACUUCGGCGUGUUCCGCCUGUACGGGGACGAUGCGCUAGACAACGCCUUACAGACCUUCAUCAAGCUCCUGCUCUCCAUCCCCCACAGCGACCUGCUGGAUUAUCCUAAACUCAGCCAGUCAUAUUACUCGUUGUUGGAAGUGCUAACCCAAGACCACAUGAACUUCAUCGCCAGCUUGGAGCCUCACGUCAUCAUGUACAUUCUGUCUUCUAUCUCUGAAGGACUCACAGCGCUUGACACGAUGGUGUGCACGGGCUGCUGCUCCAGCCUGGAUCACAUCGUGACCUACCUGUUCAAGCAGCUGUCCCGCAGCACCAAGAAGAGGUCCACCCCCAUGGUGCAGGAGAGCGACCGCUUCCUUCACAUCAUGCAGCAGCACCCCGAAAUGAUACAGCAGAUGCUGUCGACUGUGCUCAACAUUAUCAUUUUCGAAGACUGCCGGAACCAGUGGUCCAUGUCACGGCCGUUGCUGGGCCUGAUUUUGUUAAACGAGAAAUAUUUUGCUGACUUGAGAAACAGCAUAGUCAACAGCCAGCCUCCCGAAAAGCAGCAAGCCAUGCACUUGUGUUUUGAAAAUCUAAUGGAAGGCAUUGAACGCAACUUACUCACAAAAAACCGAGACAGGUUUACGCAGAACCUCUCUGUCUUCCGGCGGGAGGUGAACGACUCCAUGAAGAACUCCACGUACGGCGUCAACAGCAACGACAUGAUGAGCUGACAUUCCGGCGAGGCCCCGCGAGCGCCGCCGCCCCUGCGCCCCCUCGGCCCGGCUGCCGCGGGAGGGGCGCGCCUCUGGAGAGCGCGUUUCUGACCGGGCCUCAGCCUCCUCCCCCGCCCUUCCUCCGCGCUCCCUCACUGCUCCUCCUCUUCCUCCUCCCCCCCUCCUCCUGUCC